CCACAGCCCCUGGCACCAGAAACUGCUCCAUGGGUGGGGGCCACACCAUCACCCUUCCACCCUGUCUUCCAAGAAAGAGCUGGGCUUUUCUCCAGCAGUUAGCUCGCCUAGAGAUGUCACAUUGUUUCCCUAGAUUCCUAUUCUCCCUAGAUCCUUAGAUUCUCCUGCCUGGAAGGAGAGAGCUGAGCAGUGGAAUUCAGAAGCUCCUUCCUGGGCUGGUACUCCAGAGCCACAAGGAAGCACAUCAUUUUCAAAUACUCAUGGCAGAAGAGGUGGCUGUCAUCAAGAUCACCAGGGACCUGAAAGCUGCUGUCUCCACCAUCCUCCAGGGCUAUGGGGGUGGGAAGCAGCCGGUGACGGAUGCCAGUGCUGAGCUGCACAGACUCUGUGGCUGCCUGGAGCUUCUGCUGCAGUUUGACCAGAAAGAGCAGAAGAGCUUCCUGAGGGCACGAAAGGAUUACUGGGACUUCCUCUGCACGGCCUUGUGGCGGCAGCGGGGGGACACGGAGCCAGUCCGCUUCGUCCACUCACAGGACAAGUUGAAGACUCCUCUGGGGAAAGGCCGGGCCUUUAUCCGCUUCUGUCUGGCCCAUGGACAGCUGGCUGAAUCCCUGCAGCUCUGCCUCCUCAACCCAGAGCUCACCAGGGAGUGGUACGGCCCCCGGAGCCCUCUGGUGUGCCCUGAACUCCGGGAGGACAUCCUCGAUGCCCUCUAUGCUCUCAACGGGGUGGCCUUCGACUUGGACCUGCAGCGGCCAGACUUGGAUGGGGCCUGGCCCAUGUUCUCAGAGUCCUGGUGCUCCAAUUCCAGACAGACCCAGGGAAGAAGACCCAGAAAGAUCAAAGAUUCCCCAAAGGAGAUCUCAGCCACACAUGGAGGCCCCACUGGAGCCCACCCGAAGAAGCCACAUGCCAGCCAAGCCAGCCAUCUGCAAGAUACACCCAGGGAAGAGCAGCUGGAUGGAUUCUCCAGGUCCCAACAACACAAUCAUCUUCCCCCCUUUGGGGAAAAGAAGAAAGAUGCUCCCAGGGGCCUUGGGCCACCCCAGAGCAUAUGGGGACCAGAAGGGGAGGAGCUUCAGCAAGACCAGGAGAAAGGAGCUCCGGGGACAGGGAUCUGCCUUGAGAACUCAACACCCAGCAGCAAGGGGCAGGAGGAAGGGACCAAAGGGGCUCUGAAGGAGGUGAUGGGGGCAGAGGCCAAGGGCAGAGGGUUUCUGCUGGGGGCAGAGGGUCAGAGAACAGCAGAGGGGACUCAUGACCAGGAAACAGAGUGGAGUCAUACCCAUAGGCUGCUGGCCUCCAGCCCCAAAGGGACAGUAGGGGAUACAGAGUCAGGGAAUAGGCAGGAGGGGGAGGUGCUCAGCAUCCCGGGGGAGCCCUGGCUCCUUCAGGGCCUGGGAACAAAGGAAGGCUCCACCAUGGAGAAGCCUCAAGAGCAAACAGGAGUGACUGAUGUGCCCAGGAUGGAGGAACAAGCAGAGAUGGCCUUGCAGGAUGUGGUCAAGAGCCUCAGACAUGGGCUCCAGAAAACCAAGGAGCAGGUCCGGCACCAGGAGCAGCUGCUGAAGGAGCAGGAAGAGGAGCUGAAGACCCUGCAGGAGCAGCUGAGCAGGUGUCAGGAAGAGCGGGCCCGGCUGCAGGCAGAGCUGGAGCAGAAGCAACAGGAGGCCGAAAGGAGGGAUGCCAUGUACGAGGAGGAGCUGGGCGGGCAGCGGGACCUGGUCUGUGCCAUGAAGAGGCGGGUGCUGGAACUGAUUCAAGAGAAAGAUAACCUGUGGCAGAAGAUCCAGCAUCUCUCUUCCUUGGUCCCUGGAUGCUGUGUCGUCUGUAGCAAGCUCUUUGGCCGGCUGUCUCGGAGGUACCCAUGCAGACUCUGCGGGGGCCUGGUCUGCCACGCCUGCUCUGUGGAUUACAAGAAGAGAGAGCGCCACUGCCCACCCUGCUCCCAGAGAAGAGAAGCCCAAGGCCUCUGACCAGGACCCGCCCAGGAUUGGCCACCGCACCCGACCCCAGCAGCCCCUUCCCUCCGCCCUUCCCUGCCCUCUGGUCUUCCCAGUGCUGCCUUCCAGAAGUUGAGGAGCUAAGGCGGACAGCCCUUGAGUGGAUGGACCGUGGUGUGGAGGGUGGAAGGAGCCAGGCUGGCAGGCACAAGACGGGUUCUAGUCCCGCAUCUCCCACCCAUGCACUGGGCAACUUUGGCAAAGCUCUCAGGCCUUUUCUGUCACAUGAGGGAGUGGGCGCCUCUCUACAAUCCUUUCAGACUCAGAAAAUCCUUGUCCAAGAACGAGACCUGGCGGCGCCUACGUUUCUUGUUCACCCGCCCACCUUGGCUAGCCCACCCUUCGAAACACACAGGGGCUUCCUGUGUGGAGUCCACUUCGGGGGUCUGUGUUGUUUCAUUUUUAACAACUUUCUUCUGAUGCUAUUAACA